AUGCCGGCCACAUUACGAUCGGUCUCUUCCAGUUCAUCUUUGCUGUCACUAGACAGCUUGGACAGCGGCGGGCACUCCACAGCGUUCUCAUCAAGGCCCAAUACUCCGGGAUUCGCUCUUACAGAGAGCUUUGACUAUUUCUCGCCGCAGGUUCUUCAAGCAGUCGAGCCAGUCCAGGAACAACUUCCGGCCCAUGACAACAAGCAGUAUGUCAUGGUGGUCGGCGGCCUCGGAUACAUUGGAUCGCAUACCACACUCGAGCUCCUCCAAGAAGGCUACAAUGUCAUUGUGGUAGAUGACCUUUCCAAUUCGUAUGUUAAUGUCCUGGACCGAAUAAAGCUCCUUUCCAAGGACUACUGUCACCAGAGGGGGCUGGUCGCUCCAACGCUACGGUUCCAUAAACUGGAUUACCGAACUUCCGCGAUGAAGCAUGUGUUCAACAUGUAUGAGGCCUGUCAGUCUAAGAUCACCGGAGUCAUCCACUUCGCGGCUUUCAAGUCGGUGUCGGAGUCCAUCGAGAAACCGCUUGCUUAUUACAAAAACAAUAUCGCGGGUCUCAUUGAUCUUCUCGAGAUAGUGCAGCUGAAUGGCAUCAAGAACUUCGUGUUCUCUUCUUCUGCCACAGUAUAUGGCGGCAAAGCCAAUCUUGGAAAGCCGCUUCGAGAAGAUGAUCUCGUGCAUUUCGACGAGAAAUACACAGAAGAGGAUGGUUUGGAGCGCGUGCGGGCCAACGGCAUCACUGGCAUCACCAAUCCAUAUGGACGAACCAAAUACAUGGCCGAGGCCAUUCUCGCUGAUGUCGCCAAGUCCGAUCCCUCAAUGCGAAUCACAGCUCUGCGGUAUUUCAAUCCCGUGGGCUGCCAUGCAUCAGGUCUCUUGCGAGAGAACCCUCGUAUGAAAGCGACAAAUCUGUUCCCUGUGAUUGCCGAAGCAAUGACUGGCCUGCGACCAGCGCUCUACAUCUACGGAAGCGACUGGGACACUCGCGAUGGAACGGCUGUGCGAGACUUCAUUCACGUCGUCGAUCUCGGACAAGGGCACAUUGCGGCAGUCGCAGCCGCAAACGAUCCGCAUCGACAAGAGUCCUUCAGAGCUUUCAACUUGGGCACAGGUUGUGGAAUGACCGUUGCUGAGUGUGUCUCGGCGCUCGAGAAGGCCAGCGGCAAGAAGGUACCAGCUCAAAUGGCGCCGAGGAGAGCCGGAGACGUUGGGAGCUGUGUUGCUGCGACUGCGCUAGCGGAGCGAGAUCUUGGAUGGAGAACGCAGAAGACUGUCGAUGACUGCGCGGUGGAUCUGUGGAAUGCAUUGAGUCUGGUUGGCAAAGUCUAG